AUGUCCGCUUCAGUAUCAACCCCCAUCAAGUCCCACACGGGCCUCUUCUCGUCUCGCACCGCUGGCGGCCGGAUGCCCUUGACUCCCUCGCCGCGCACUCGUACCGCAGCAUUGACCAACAACUCAUCGCCGUUCACUCCCGAGCGCAAGUUAGACAACGAAAGCAUCCGGUCCUCCUCUUACGGGGGCAACCUCUCUUCCCACUUCAAGUCCGCGUCCAAGAUUGCCCACCGCCACUCGCCGAAGUCCAACAUUGCGAAGGGUGUUCAAACUCCUCGUCGUGCCCUUGAGCUCGGUGUCUCCGACUUCUCUCUUACCGGUACUGGCAAGACUCCCAGCAGCAGUCGUUCCCGCAAGGCUCCUCUCCGUCAAAAGUCCAACAAGACCACCCUCUCCUACGGCGACAGAUUCAUCCCCAAUCGGACCGCCAGUUCAGCAAUCGCCAAUGUCGGCUCGGGCAAGCUCGAUGCUGGUGAGAAGCGACCAAAGAGCGCGAAUGUGAACCAUUCAUCCAUCCUUGCAUCCGGUGCCGACGACGCUCUGGCUGCUCUUGGAUCAUUGUCACUGAACGAUGACGAUGAGCCGUCCGCCUACUCUCGCCCAUCCCCAAACACAGUCGCCUAUCAAGAUUCCCUCGCCUCUGCCUGCGGCGUCUCCCUCAAUCAACGGAUCCUUGCCUUCAAGCCUGCGGCUCCUGAAUCCUCCAAGCCGGUCGACCUCCGUUCCCAAUACAACAGACCUCUCAAGAACUCCAACGCUGCCUCUGCUCAGUUCAGACGCCGUGUUGCCGUCGCGCCUGAGCGAGUUCUAGAUGCCCCCGGCCUUGUCGAUGACUAUUACCUCAACCUCCUUGACUGGUCUUCCGGUAACCAGGUCGCUAUCGGCCUCGAGCGAAACGUCUACGUCUGGUCUGCUGAGUCUGGAACCGUCAGCUCUCUUCUCGAGACGAGUCCUGACACCUACGUCAGCAGCGUCAAGUGGUCUGGUGACGGAGCCUAUGUCAGUGUCGGUCUCGGCACGGGCGAGGUUCAAAUUUGGGAUGUUGAGGAGGGUACCAAGCUCCGUAGCAUGCACGGCCACGAAACCCGCGUCGGUGUCAUGGGCUGGAAUAAGCACACGCUCUCUACCGGUGCCCGAUCUGGCCUCGUCUUCAACCAUGACGUACGUAUCGCUCAACACAAGACCGCUGAGCUCAUCUCCCACACUUCCGAAGUUUGUGGUCUUGAGUGGAGAGCCGACGGCGCUCAACUUGCUACCGGUGGCAAUGACAAUUUGGUCUCCAUUUGGGAUGCUCGUUCCCUGUCUGCCCCGAAGUUCACCAAGACCAACCACAAGGCUGCCGUCAAGGCCCUCAGCUGGUGCCCAUGGUCUCCUACUGUUCUUGCCACUGGAGGCGGAUCAUACGACCGCCACAUCCACUUCUGGAACACAACCACAGGUGCCCGUGUUAACAGCAUCGAUACCGGUUCUCAAGUCACAUCUCUUAGAUGGUCUCCUCACUACCGUGAGAUUGUCAGCACCAGCGGCUUCCCAGACAACUCCGUUAGCAUCUGGUCCUACCCAACCUUGGUCCGCAACGUCGAGAUCCCAGCUCAUGAGACCCGUGUUCUACACAGCUGCCUCUCUCCAGAUGGACAGAUGUUGGCUACUGCCGCUGCCGAUGAGAGCUUAAAGUUCUGGAAGGUCUUUGAGAAGAAGUCUGGCGCCAGCGCCUCGACAGCGGCUGCUUCCUCAGGCAAGGCCGACAUGGUCAAACAAAUGACCAUCCGCUGA